AGCAAGAGAUCUCGUACAUAUACACACCUCAACUGAAACCCGAAAAGCCGAGUCGAAUCGGUUCCGUGCUUUUCAGUACGACGGCACGAAAACGUCCCGUCAGCUCUUUUUCAAUUCCUCAUUAAGCCCCACAGGGAAAAGUAGAAAAAUGGAUUUCAGCUCUUCCUCGCAUUAUUUUGGCAACGAGUAGAGGAAAAUUAUUAUUUCGUUCAUCGUUUGUGCAAGUUUCGUAAUGGUGUAAAACGAAGUGUUCGAUGCCUUUAUCUCCCACCAGUUUUUGGGACAAGUGACAAGUUGGGAUCUUUCCUUCCAUCCCGUUAAUAAAAGUGAUUCAAAUGAGAGAAGAAGAAAAAAGUUCCGUAUCUCGAAGCCAAAUCAUUUCAGUUCGGAGAUUAAGUUCUUGAAGCGAGAAAAAGAGCUAUCUGAGAGGAAUGUCUUAAAAUCGGAGGAAAAGUUGUUCCGUGGAAGAUAAGAAGGCCAGUGCAAUAUUUUCCUGCAAAUAGUGGGUAGGAGGAACAAAGCUGAGCACGAGAAGGAAAGGGAGCAGAUGGCGUUGAAAACUCCAGAGUAACGGGGGCGCAAUCAUAUAUUUCACUUUGGAUUUUUCAUCAUCGUUAACGGUGGCUGCUGCUGUUGCUACUUUCUUUACACUAUCCUGUCUUCGUGAGAAAAAUGAAAAAUCGUUCCUUCCUUUUUCGAUCCGACAAAGGGAAGUCACACAGAGAAAACCUACGCGUAACGAGUGCAUAGAGAAAAAUUCGACAAACAAGCUGGAAAAGGAUUAAUAAUAACAUGGUGUAGGAUUUUUUUUCACUGGAACUGAGAGAUGAAUGGAUGAAGUGGUGAUAAAGGUGUAAAUAGUGUGUGCGAAAUAAGGAUAAAACGAAAAGUGUUAUGUACGUCAAUUUUUUCAUUGAUGCUUUCGGAUGAUUGAGGCCAAAAUAGGAAUCCUAAAUGAAAUUGUUUAUUUUUUUCAAUCGUAGAUUAUUCAACAAAGAAUGAAAUUCCACAUUUGCUAUGAAGUGAGAAAACACAAAAUGGAAUAGUGAAGUGAUCGAAUUCUGUUCAAAAUAAAUUCCAACAAAUUCUGAUAUUUGAGGAUACUCGCAUUCGGAUUGGCCUGCCACUGUUCGAUAAAGCCUAAUUAGAUAGCGUGUGUGUGUGUGUGUGUGAAACCGUGAUAACGAAAGCAGAAGACAUCAAUUGUUACAUAUAUGGUGCAGAGUGGUAACGUGCCUCCGGUGGUUUGGCAGCUGAGAAACAUCGCUAGUUUGUAUAUCUUCUAAUGGGCACCCUUACGUCGUCUUCGACGACGAACAAUUUCCCCGCCCCACGAUCGAAAGUCUUCGACAUCAGUCAUGAAGAAGAAACAUCUGAGAUCCGUUCAACAACGACGACAGCCACGACAACGACAAUGGCACCGACGGCGACGAUGGAACGAAACGGCCGGACUGACGCCACCGGGCGGUCUGCAGCACUCGAGCGAGCCUACGUGCACGACGUGUACGAACAUUGCGAGGAACCCGUUGGCCAAAUACGACCCAAAGUGGCACAAUUCCUAGCAGGACUAGAACCGGGCUCGAUGGUUUGCGAUGUGGGCUGCGGAAACGGACGGUACCUGUCCGGAUUCAAUCCGAUGAUCUGCACAAUCGGCGUGGAUCGCUGCUAUAGGCUAACGAAGGUCGCACGCGGAAAGGGGGAAGAGGUGGCGAUAUGUGAUAAUUUAGAACUGCCAUUUCGUGACGAAUCGUUUGAUGCAGUACUCUCGCUGGCGGUGGUGCAUCACUUUGCAACGACCGAACGCCGCGUCGGAGCUAUCCGGGAGUUGGCUCGCAUUCUACGGAUCGGGGGACGUGUCAUCAUUACCGUUUGGGCUCUGGAGCAGCGGCACCGACGAUUCGAGUCGCAGGAUGUGCUAGUGCCCUGGCAGCCGCCACGUGCAAAAAACGUCGCCAUGUCGGACGAGGAGGACGACGAAGACUUUUUGCCGCCAUACCACGCGUAUACGGAAGACUCAACCAAUUCGAGCCGCUCGGCAGGCGACGGAGACAGCUCGAGUUUGUCUUCGUCAUCGCCCGGCGAAACCUGUUACAGCUUUGUCAGACGCGCCAUACAGAAACUGGCCGGGAGCAAAAAGAGUCCGUGGUUCCUGGAAUCGUGGAGCUCGCGCGAAACGAAACAGGACAGCAGCCUGGACUACGAGGACGCGAAGGAUUUGCCGAUCGAGCUUAGGCGCCUGGAGGACUUCGACGACAUACCGGAGCCGCCGCUGUCUGCUGGUCUGAAAAGCCGAAGCUUAGGUAGUAUAUUAAAUCCACCACCAAAAACCAUAGUUAGAUCACGUUCAAGUGUACCAAGUUUAGGUGCUCAAAUACCUGAAUCGAAAGCAACACCAGCUGAACCGUCGUCAGCAGCAUCCCGAAGACCAAAAUUAGUUAAACAAAAACAAUCAAUAUGUGAUGACGUUGAUUACAAACUGUGCGAAUCUGCACAAGCCUACCGGGAGCACAUUGUACGUAAUGAGUCACGAAGUCAGCUGUUGAGAAAGCAAAGCUCUCUAAACGAAGAACUUAUGGCCGAAAGUCGGUUGCGCGAAAAAGAACGGAUUCGGAAACGAAUACAGAAACAGAUGUCGCUGAACGAAUCAUUUCUCUGCCGGUCUCUGUUUACCAAACGUUUACAGGUAAUAAAAGAAGGAUUUACCACAAAGCUAAAAACAUCUACCGGUAGUUUGGAGCGAGUUACCAAGAACGGAUUUGUCAAAAUAAUGCAAAAUAUCAAAGCGACCGCUCAAGCCACUCACAGCCAUAGCCACGGGCAACAUCGAUCUUGCGAUGCUCACGGUCCCGGUCUUUCGCCCCACGGCCAAGACGGUCGACAUCUUCUUUCCAGGAACAAUUCCAUGAACAACAACGGCAGCAGCAAUGGCAGCGGCAGCAGCAACGGUAACGACAAGCUCAUCGGAAUGGGCACCAGUCAGGACGACUCGAAACCCCGUCGACACUCAAGAGAAAGUGGUUCCGACUCAUCCAAGGAUAGCAGCUUACAGAGCGACACCAGCAUUGAAUCUGAGGACAGUUUUGCAUCUGUGAUUUUCAUUCCGAAACCAGACCAACACCAACAGCAGCAGCAGAAUAACGGCGGAACGUGCGAUAGUUUCGGUCCAGGAACAUCCCGAAUGCCUUCAGGACCGACAUCUCCCCUAGUGAUGCCUUGUCCUACACCCGCUCACUCGCCUGCUCCCCCACGCACAAAACUCAGCGCGAGCAAUGAAAGUAGCAACGGCGUGAACACCGGAACCGAGCUGAGCCAAUUUACCUUCGAAGAAACUUGGUUAUUGCCUAAGGUUGAAGAAAAUUCAACAUUAUCACCAUCUGUACAUAGCGCAACAUACGAUAACAAAUCUACGCCUUCAAACGCUUCAGCUUGUACGCAAGGUUCCAAAACGAAACCAGCUUCCGGCAGCAGUAUAAUCGCAACUAGUAAUACCAUUUCCGACAAAGUUAAACCGAUGACUGCAGCGAAACCAGUGGUUCAGAAAAUUACCCGACAGCAAAUCAAGGAUUUGCCCCCGAUUCCAAAGUUCCGUAAGAGCGGUAAUUAUCCAAUUAUUCGUCAACAGUCCUCCGCUAAAACAGCUACUCCUGUCGUGCCAAAAUUGCUCUCCCUAGAGCUAUUCAAUCCGGAAACGGACGAUCUGGACAGUGAUUCUAGUGAGCCUUCGUCGCCUGAUUCGAUAGACAGCGUUAUUAGUGCUUUGCGGCCAUCGGUGUCGCCCCUGCCGGCACUUGUUCCGCAACCCAACCAAUCGGGAGGAACCACCUCCAUACCUCCACUGGUGGAGGCAGCUGCGGUGGUUGCACACAAGCUGGAAGACGCAGUCGAGCUGGUGAUACGGGAAAGUGAAACCAAACACCCACUGCUCAAUGGGCCCACGUCCACGAACUCACACGAAAGCACCAAAGACGUAGACGAACGCGAUGACACCUCCUGUCGACAACAUCUGGUAGACUUUGCCGAAAAACUGAGCGCUCAACUUUUGAAAGAACUGGACAGUGAAAACCAGCGCAAUGAAAGCAGCUUCGAGGACGACGAUGAUAUCUUCGGUGAUGGUAGAUUUCAGAAGAAGACGAUUUCCCUCGCGGAUGUGCAAAUUACGGAUCCAUACUUGAAAAAGCUGAACGGCGAUCUGAGAGAUCUGAACCAACUACGGGCAGAACUGAGAGAACGACGGCUUAUGCUCGCCAAUCUAAGUCAUUUGGGGUCCAGUGGUUUUUGCGGUAGCAACGAUUCGCUUGGUCCAAGCUACGGUUCUUCGAUGACGCCCAUCAUCCAGGAAGAAACAGACGACGACGAGGAGCUUAAUGAGACUUCUGGCGAAAACGAACAGCACCACGAUGUUGACAACUUCUACGAAAUAAGGGCAGGCAAGAAGAGCAUCAGCAAAAACGAUGACUUUGUCAUCAUACCGGAACUGGACGAAGACGAUGCAGAAAUGACGAAAGAUACAGCUUUAUUGAUACAGGAAGAAGAUAGCUCGGAAGAGCAUCUUCAAAACAUUGAUAUAGAAACACUAGGUAGUAACAUCAGUAACAAUAAUAGUACGAAGGAUAGCCAGUUAAAUAGCUGUAAACAUAGUUUACCCCACAACACGAUAAAUCUAAGCUGUUCUCAGUUGGGCGAGGAUAGAAGUGGAGACUCUCAUCAUAGCAAAUGCGGGCGUCAUUCUACCUGUAGUAGCAACAGACACAAUCAGGGGGACACCGCUGAACAACAACAACCAUCGGGCAGAGGAGACACAACCUGCGUAGAAGAAAUUAGCACAACUUCCAACAGCAACAAAAUAGCCAGUACAAACAAAUCAUCGAUCGAUUCGCAUGCCAGUGUGGAAUCUUGGGCCCACUCAAACAGUUCGGCCUCACUAGACAGUCCUUCGGUGGGUGGUGCGGCGACCCACCAUCGCUACUACCAUGUGUUCCGAGAGGGGGAACUGGACGCACUAAUCAACCAUCAUGUGACCAGCCUGCACAUAGUCUCGUCCUAUUACGAACGGGCCUCUUGGUGUGUGGUAGCGGAAAAGGUGCAAGUUUGGACAAUCUAACUAUGUGCGACAUGUACGAACACAUUUAUAUGAGUCCGGGUUGGUUUUGUUCUUUUUUAUUUACGAACGGAAAUGUCGCCGAAAUUCCACGGACUAAGCUGUUGCGACCUGAACGCAACACAACUUAAAGACUACAAGAAUGUAGAUGAAAUUUGAAACCUGUUACAUCCAGGUUGCGUUGAAGUUCUUGCAAUUACGUUCGACGAGUUAGAUGCUUUUUAAACCCCAAAACGUACAAGACUUCUUAUAUGUGAAUUAAUCUCAAGCAGCUAGAAAUCAAAUUGAACAAUUAAACAAUGAAUUAAAUGAAACAUAAGAAAACAAGACAAUUACGACUAAGCGAGAAAAAGGCUCUAAAACUGUAUUGUUUAUGUCUCUGUGAUUCAUAUAUUAAAGUGUAAAGUGGAUAGCGGUAGGUGAGUAACUCGAGAGAAAAGGUUAUUAAAACUUACAAACAACACAUCCAAUUAUCUUUAAUUUUACGAGAAUAAGCAAACGAAUAUAUGUUGUAAAUAUAAUAAACUAUCAUUAGAAUUCAAUCGGGUAAUUCUAAAAAAAAUAGACUUGCUAGGAACUUUGUAGCAUGUGUUUCUAAAAUAUUUCUAAGGCCAUACAUGGAAGCGACGACAGGAGAAAUUAUUUCUGAUAUUUAUGACAUCUCUUUUCGACAACCAUAAGAACAUGCAAACAACAAACUGAGCGAAAGUGAUAUGAAAAUAAUAAAUACUAUACAAUAAGUAUCCUAAUCCAUAUUUUCAACAUACGUUUACAGAACAAUCCAUUUGAGUUCAUGCGAAUUUAACACACUCAGACACACAUUAGGGCCUGUUUCCUAGCCAUGCUGCUUCCUUCGGUAGUUUUCAAGUAUUAUAAUGUAUCAUAUACCCGCUUUCUUUAUUAUGAACGAACCAAUUGUAAAUAAAUUCUUUACUAUUAAAAAAAAACGAAAAAAUCAGAAAUUUUGUAACAACGUGACGAUCCAUUCAUUUGGUUUACUUUAUUAUCUAUAGCUAUCUUUUCGGUCGCAAUAGUUGUAAUCCCUCUACUCAACUUAAUAAAAUACAUAUUAACAUAAGGAAAAAAAUACAAAUACAAAACAGUAACAAAUCAGUUGAAACAAUUGCACACAACAACAAACAACAAAAAACGAUGACAAUGACAACAACAAACAAUAUAGUGAUUAACUAGAACAAUUAACAACAGAACAAAGAAAUCAUAUCAGAACAAUGAUCAAAAUUAGUUCCAUUAAGUUUAUGGAUUUCAUAAUCUUCGAAAUAUAUGUGAUUGAAAACGAAUAUUCAACGUGUCAACUAUUUCGAUGUAACGAUUUAACAACUUUUGCAUGAUCAAUGUUUCUACCGGUGGGAUUUCAUUCCUCCAGCGCCGUCUUACUAAUCCAAACAGGGAAACGAAGCUCCUCAAAAAGUAUGCCUUCACGGCACCCCCUAUGCGGUCGGAAUUACCGAAUCUAAUUUCCCGUGUCCUUUGUCAAUGCACAGUAUUCCCCUACGUGUUUCUUGAACGAAAAAUUUCAACAGCUCCGUCUUGCGGGACAAUUGCUUACAUAGGUGACAAUGGUUACAAUAAAUAUACAGAACUACAAUUCCCGUAUACAUCACGUAUACACUGUUUACUUCCUUAUAUGGGCUGUCAUUGAUUUUUGUUUCCUAAAUGGGCGAAAUGUAUCCUAUUUAUUCACGUUCUGAACAAAUACAACAAACAAACCGAGUUAAUGGUGAUAUAAAGAAUAGCGCAAAAACUUCUGAUGGAAAACCAAUACAAUCUCUGCAAACUAAAUAUCACAAAAGCAUGCAAGCAGAAGAUCCAUGUUCAAAACGUAAUAUAUAAUACCCCCCUCAAAAAUACACAACACUAUACAUCAAAAGUCAAGAACAGUAUAUACUUUCUUUGUAACGAACAAAUAGCAACAAUACACUGCGAGCCUGGUGAAACGAAAAACAAACACGCAUUGUAACACUUCAUUCAGAUGAAUAUAAAUAAUGUUAAUAAAAUCUA